CUGGGCUGUCUAUUGUCUAGGGAAGCGUGACUAACAGAACGCAAUUAUGGCCCAGGCGAGACCACUUCUCUCACGGGGGUGGAAGAACGACCUGGAGGUGGUCAAAAACCUGGUAUCUAUUGACCUGGCUCGUCCUGAAGGAAGGAGACAAGUCGUAGAAAUUGUAGAGACUCUGAAGACGAAGCUUACCAUACCGGACUGGGCACGUCGUCAGCUGGCCGGGCGGGUUCGCAGUUCUUACCGGAACCUCGCCUGCUACAACCUCGCCACGGCAGCUGGGGUGGCGUGCACGGCUCUAGGUUCCGUUGUCACGUAUGUGGACCUGGUGGAAAAAAUGGAAAAGAGUGGACCGAUCCCAGAUGACAUCAUGGAAUCUAUCACAGCACUGCUACAAAACAACGCCGAGCAGGUGAACAUAGCCUUUGAGGCGUGUAGCGUCAAUCUCCGUGCCCUGGAGGCAGCUAUCGAAGACGAUCCUGCCUUGAUGGCGAACUCAGACAUGAAGCACUACCUGAAGGCGUUAGACGUGGCGUCACAGACGUGGAAGGACAGCCAGGCUGACGACGAGAGGAGAGUCCUUGCCGCGGGGGACGCACGUGAUCAACACGUGCUCAUCUGUGACGCCAUUGACAAUAUGUCUCAGACACAGCCUGCUGUUUCUGACGACUUGAAAGAUAAAAAAGAACAGUGCUUGAGCCAAGGUAGGCCCACAACAGGCCGUGCACAGCAGCCCUGCAGAAACUAUGCAGAAGAAGGAGCGGACAAAUCAGCCAAGGCAGCACAAGCCAGGUUACAAGCAGUUGGAUCCCUGCCUUCUCAAACCUCCGGUGGAGGUGUUGGUAGGACUGUACUUACUGCGACCUUAGCUGUGGGGGCCGGGGUGGGAGGGCUGACGGUGUAUGCCAAGACUAGCCCAGAAUUUCGCAGAACUCUUGAGGGAAAUAUCCCAUAUGCCAGGGAGUACCUGGGAGCUGUUCUGGAUCGAGGGCCCAAGAUGCCAGACCUGGGCCUUGGAGGAGUGGUGGACAAAGCCAAGGGCAUGGUGGGCAUGGGGAAGAAAAAGGAGGAGGAGCAACCAGGGUCUUUCCUACCCAAGUUGUCCAAGUCAAAGGCAGAGGAAGAGGAGAAGCAGAGAAAAGUAGCUGCUGACACUGCUGCUCAAGCCGUUUCUGUCGGUACAGAAGAGCCCAUGCCUGUGGCAGCUAAAGAACCAUCCACUGCACGAAAGGAGCCUGCUGCAAAGGGUCCUGUAAAGGCAAAGAAGCCGGUGGGAGUGGAGAAACCUGAAGAGACAGCUGCUGCUGCCAUUGCAAUCGGUAUGGAUGAGCCGCUGCCCCCAGAGUCCAAGACUGAGCCAAAGGCCAAGAAGAAGGCAGAGGAGAAACCUGCCUCCAAGAAAAAGGCCCUGAAGGAGAAGGCUGAAGACACUGCAGCUGCAGCUGUAGCAGCUGGAAUGGACGCACCCAUACCUGCAGAGGCUAUGACAACAUCUGGAAAAGGGGUCACCGGUAAACAUGUCACUAAGGAAGGAAAAUUGGUUGAAACACCAGAAGACACUGCUGCUGCUGCUGUAGCAGCAGCCUUGGACCAGCCCUUUGCUACUGAGGCAAGAGAGACCCCUAUGAGAUCUCCUGAGGAAGUGCAGGCAAAGAUCCUGGAGAAGGAGAUAGAUGAUCUUGCAGACAGGGCUGCCACCGUUGCUAUCAUCCACCAUGAGCUGGAGGACCUGAAGAGGACAGCCAGCUCAGCUGUCCAUGCCCAGGAGGAGGCCGCUCACGCUACCAAGAUGCACUCUGUACAGAUCAAGCAUGCUAUGGACGAGAACACGAGUGGUCCCCUGGGGAAAGAAGAACAGUGGCAGGCAGUGACAGGGGCCAAGGAAGCCAAGGUGGAUGCUCUCAAACUGGCAGAGGCAUCUGCCACUGCUGCCAGAGAAAACCUGGAGAAAGUGCGAGCUGUCAUCAGAGAGAGCAAGUCGUCCCUGUCAGAGCCUGAUCAGGAGAUCCUGGCUGCAGAGGAGGAGCUGUCCAAGCUGGCGUAUGAGCUGGAGACUGCUGUUGGAAAGGUGGCAAAGGCCCAGGCCGAUGCCCAGGUGAUGCAGGAUUACCAGGCUCUGGUGGAGCAGGGCAGGAAACAGUUCAAGAAGGAACUGGAGAGCAUCAUGCCUGAUGUCAAGCUGGGCGGAUGGAGAGGCAAACUCUCUGAAGACGAGCUGAACUCCCUGAUCGCGCACGCCCACCGGCGUAUUGAACAGCUGCAGAGCCAGCUGGCAGAACAGCAGCUGCUGGAGAAGUCCCGUAUGGACGACGCGCUCGGCAGACAGCGUGCCGAGGAUGAGAAGGAGACCCUUGCGCUGCUGAAGAGAGAACUGGAACGGCAGAAACAAGAACUGGCUCUGGCUCAGGACCUCAGGAUUGCCCAGGCGAGGGAGCAGUAUGAGACAGAGAUGCGUACCCAGCUGCGUCGGCAGGCAGCAGCACACAGCGAGCACCUGCAGGACGUGCUGCGGGUCCAGGAGCAGGAGCUGGGCUCCAAACACCAGGCCGAGAUGCACGACGCUCUCAUGGACGAGCGAGAUCGCUACCAGGUCAAACUGAACGAGGCCAUGGCCAGGCUGAGGGGGGUGGAGGCAGCCAUUGAGGGUCGAGCUGACAUCGAGAGAGAAGCCCGUAAGUCCCAGGAGCUGCUGAUUGCUUGUGAGACCUUGAAACGUCUCAUCAACACUGGCAACGAGGAGGCGACGUCAUGGGAGGAGCGCCGCGUGCCCCUCUCCAGGGAAGUCAACACCGUGAAGGAGGCAGCAGGGGACAGCACGUUCUUCCAGACGCUCCUGGACGCCAUGCCGCAGCAGGCCAUGGAGGCGGGCGUGUAUCCGGAGGACUCUCUACGGCAGCGCUUCCUCCGCGUCAAAAGGGUCUGCCGGCGCGUGGCCAUGAUCGAUGAAACCGGCGGAACCCUCUUCCAGUUCUUCGUGUCGUACCUCCAGUCUCUCCUGCUGGUGGACGCGGGAAGGAGGUCGCUCCCCCCGGGGAAAGAAGUCGACCCAAAGAAAUUGGACACGUUCACGUUACUAUCUUAUGCAGAACAUAGCCUAGAAAACGGAGACUUAGAGCAAGCAGCAAGGUUUAUCAAUCAACUGAAGGGGGAGCCUCGGAAGGUGGCUUCUGGUUGGCUAGAAGAAGCCAGGCUCACGCUGGAAGCGAGGCAGGCAGCACAGGCUCUGGCCGCGGCUGCGGCAGCAGUAGGGUUAGGAACGCUAGUUUGAUAGCGAUAGGUUUAUUUGAGACAGUGGAUGCAACCACAAGAAGCAGUCCUGGAGACUUUGAUCCUCUUAAUGUCAGUUUACUUUUGCAUGUGACUGAUUCAUAUUGUAUACUGUGAAAAAGUCAAUGUUUUGAUCAAUUGUAUGUGUACUUGUGUGUAAAAUUGGGUACAUAUACUAUAUAGCUCUGUUGUGGCUAAAUAAAAAGAUUCUGAAGACCUAGCAAUUUACAUAGCUAUCUUAAAAUUUUCUCCUGGAGUCUCUAGAACUACCUCUUGCAAAUUUUCUGUAUUUGAAGAGAGAUUUUGCCGCAAUAAGAACAUUUCAAAACAUGGGUUUCCCUGCAUGCAAAGUCAUUGAGGUGCUUGUGAUGUGAAAAGGAAUUUGACAGCUUUAAAUCAAAGAAUGCUAUAAAAGCUUUUUGCAGAAAAAGAGUUUGUCAGUUUGAUAUGAUACUUCAUAGUGGUACAUGGUAGGACAGGACCAAUAAUUAGGAGUGACAAGGUCACUAAUGUGUAAGCAAUGAUGACAUUAAAGAGUUAAGUCAGAC